AUGGGGAACACCUGCUUCAUGAAUAGUGCCCUCCAAUGCUUCGUUCACUCGCCGGUGUUCCGUGAGUACUUCUUGUCGAAUCGAUUCGAACCAGAGGUGAACAAGAAGAAUCGUCUUGGUAGUCGGGGUGCCAUUGCCGUAGCAUUUGCGCAACUUCAGAGUGCUCUCUGGCGCCAACGUGACCGCGGGUAUCUGCGUCCCAGUCGGUUUCGAGACGAAUUCACACGAGUUUGCCGCCACUUCGAAGAGAUGCGCCAGUACGAUGCUCACGAAUUUAUGGUUGCUCUUCUCGACUGUCUGCACGAGGACCUGAACCAGAGUUUUCGCGCCUUGCCAGCGUCUGCUGACGACUCGAUACAAGCAAGAAGCUCGAAGUGUUUCAGUUUCGGCGCACUGACAGGGGAAGACAUGGUGGAAAGUGAUGACAAUGAUGACGAAAACUCCCAGGCUUAUGAUGAGAUCAUGCACACGUCUUCAGACGAGGCUCAUGGUGAUGCAGCUUGGCGUGCGUACACGAGCACCAACUCUUCCGUCGUGGUCGACCUGUUCCACGGUCAAAUGCGUAGCGAGACUGUCUGUGGUACGUGUUGCGAGCGCAAGUGUACAUUCGAUCCGAAUCUGUUCUUCAGUCUUCCCAUCCCAGAAUCGAAUUUCGUCCGUGUGGAGGUAAGCGUGCUGUUACAAGCGCGAAGAUUACCGGGUGGUACUGAUGAUAAACACGAUCCAGAAGUUGCACUCCAAGCGGAGCAGCGUGGUUAUUGGCUUCACCGAGGAAGUCAGGCAGGUGCAUUGUGCGACCGCAUUGCACAGGUGUAUGGGCGCGCAGGUGGAAACCGUUUUUUGCUCGUAGAGGUGCGUCGAAAUCGCAUCAAGCGGAUUGUCGAGGACGAUGAAGUUGUCGACAAACUCGUAGCUGCUGCUCCUGGCUCGCUUGCUGCCUGCGUCUUGAUCUGA